GGUGUGCAUGUGCGUUUCACCCAGGAACCUCCUAAUCCAAGCUACUUUAAAAAUGGUAGUGAUGCUAACCUGGUGUGGGACUACACUGAUCCACAUAAUAAGGUUUGGAGCAUUCUCUACAGUGUUCUGGUAAAUGGUGCAUUUGUCAGAAUGAUUUUUAACAACAGUGGUGGUGUCCAAGAACAUCCUGAUAUUCCUCCAUCUUACAAAGGAAGAGUUAAAGUUGAAGGAAGAGCUACCCUGGUUGUAAGGAACAUCCACCUUGCAGACAAUACUGAAUUUAAAUGUAGCGUUUAUGGAAGCUUUGUAGGGACGAUUGGAAGUACAGUGCAUCUUAUUGUGGCAGGUACGUGUAACAGACAUAACCAUCAAUAAUCAAACAUAAAUCAAAUGAACCCAACUCAUAACCCUCAUAUUUCUGAGAUCUGGAGAAAGCAAACAAUAGCAUUAAUUUGCGCAAGACUUAUAUGCAGGGCUGAAAGUGGCUAGCUAACAAUAGUGCUACUUUUACUUGGCAUACAUCACCAGACUCCUAAAAGGAGAAAAUAUAUUCUACCAUUUACUUUGCUGUUUCUUAUCAGAAAGAAAUCAAAGAGUUAUUACUUUAUUCUUCUGGCACCAACUACUGCAUUACUCUGUUAUGCAUAGAUAACUAUUAUUAAUGAGUGCUGAGAUUUUCUCUCAGCAAAGCUGUCACUUAAAAGUGGUCAGUCAAAGUAGAAACAAUUCGAAUGGUUGUACGAUUUUGCUAAAUAAAUGAAGGAAAUAUGGUAUGGGCAAUCACAGGCAGCACGUCAAAUUAAUUUGGUGUGAAAAAAGAGGCAUUGCCUUUUAAAGGGACUCGCCUAAGGGAAUGAAAGUCAGCACUAUGCCAUUUGCUGAUUUCUGAGGAUUAUGAUCUUCAAGGUACAGUACAGAUGUAAGUUACAGAUGUAAGUUACAAUACCGAUGUAAGUUUAGCCAACAGAGUGGUGACUUCCUCAAGUAGAUUUUGAAACUAAGAAUCAGAGCGAUUCGAGACCUGGAAAAUUUGCCCAUCGAGAAAAACUUUCUUAAAAUUAAGGUAGUAGUAAGCCAACAAAGUCUAUAAUCCAAGUUCUUGAUGCGUAUGAAAGACGCCGAGUAUGCAAACAGAAAAAAUAAUUCGAUGAUCAACGUGUCAAGUUAGGAAUGCUGUUCUUAGCAGAUGCUGUUAUACAUGGAGGUCAGUUCAACAGCUCUAGUUUUAUUGAUGGCUUUGGUUGCCCCAUUGGGAAACUGGCUGAAUUCCCCAAAGAGCCCCAAGAGACUAAAAGUAUUUAAUUUCAAUUUAGAGUAUGAAACAUUUUGUGAGCUUACGCAACCUAAACUUUUCAAAACGGAAUCGGAAUGUUCUUUGGACAGACUUUUUAAUCUUCUCUCUGGGUGAUUUACCUUCCAUUUUCGAAUAUAGUAUCUUGGAUAUCCUGACAACGUUAAAUACAUGAAAACGAGUGUGAUAUUGAGUAUGUAACUUCUUGGUCGUUUGACUGUGAUUCAAAGUUGAAAACAUUUGUGAUAUCUCAAUAAUCAUGUACAAUUUACAUCAUUGUUUCCUUGAACGAUUUCAUUUACUUGUGGAGAAGAAUUCAAUCUCACUGUUUACUGGUUUUGAUCGUCUAUGACUCAUGAACAAAAAUUGUUUUUGUUUACCAACCAUUACAUAAUCUUCUCUAUUUCCUUGUCACUGUACAGCUUUGUGACAUCCGGUUAAAUCCACUCCCUGACAUAUAACAUUUGCAAGUAUUGAUAUAUCUGCUAAGUAUUGCUUAAUUUGAUUUCAAAACUUAAAAACAAAUGAAAAAAGGAAAAGGCCCCUAGAGGAUUUAAUGGAUAGUCUUUCUUCUUUCAUCUCUACCAGAAUGCUGAUUGUCGUGUACAUUUAGAUUGCGUUUGGACAAAAGUUAUAGCACAAAGAAUAGAAUCUAUUAUGUAACAAGAUUUUGUUGUAGAGAAGUGUGCUAAGUGUGCUAGUGACUUAGAUUCUCGUUUGACCAGUUUGACAGCCAUUCAUUCCCUAGUUUUCUCCUGUCUGCUAGCCCCAUAUCCAAGAUGUUCCAUGCACUGUCAAUAGUUUUGCAGGUUUUGAUUUAGUGUGUUCACCAUGAUCCUUUUGGCAUUGGGUUGCGAAAAAAAAUCAUCUUUAUCCUUACUAUAUUUCAUCUUCAAGUGUUUCUACUAUUUUACUGCGAUGACAUUCAUGAGGCUAAUGCUCCCACGGUUUCUGCGAUUUGAGAACAGUUAAGAAUUAUUUUGUUCCUUUUGAUAAGCGGCACAUUUUAGCAUAAUUUGAAGGACAUCGACCCUCUUGUUACCCAGUUUCCUAGUUGAUCACUUUUUCUUUUAGGAUUUAGAACAAUUUCACUUUGUGUUCAUGUACUUUAGCCGCAGCUACGUUUGCAUAGGAAUACCAGCAGAGUGCAGCGAUGGCAGCGCACUCUUGAUGGUGAUCUGGUAUAAACUGUGGACUAGACAGUUCUGCACCUACCUGCGACGUGGCAGGUAAAUGAAAAUUAGCCGCAGGGAGAUGAAUUGGAGAUUUUAUUGCACCAUCUUUCCUUCAAAGCUUCGGAUCAGUAAUCGCAAAUGUGCAGAUAUCACUCUACAGAUAUUAGACUGAAACAAUAAAGUCAAAAGUUACAGUAUUUUAUGUUCGCUGAUGGGUAUUCCAUUUCUGUGUCUAAAUUUUAUCAUUAAGCUGUCAACAAUAACAAAGUUUAGCAGAGUUUCAUCGGUAAGAAUUCCCCACCUUUUUAGGUAACAGAGCUGUGUAACCAAGGAAACUUCACCUCCUACUUUGGCUUAUACCCUCUCUUUUAGGGAGUGGUGGGAUACUCAGUCAAGCUGGAGCUAGUGGUGGGGUAAUAUAUUUUUUUCGAUUUUUGGUUUCUUCAGUACGUUUCUUUAUUUCCACGUUCUUUAGCCGUUUCUUGUCAAAGGUUAUAUCUGAUUGAAAGGUUUAUUCCAUAACUCUUUGCAAGAUUUUGUAUUAAUGUCAACUAGAAUGAUAAGCCAUAUCUGGACCCACCAAACUCUCGUUUAGUUGAGUGACCGUUGAUCAUGUUCGCCUACACUUACACUAAUGAUAUCUUUGUCACAACUUCAUUUGGAAGCUCUUCAAAUUGGCGACUCUUAAAAUCUAACAAACUUUAAAAGGGCCUUAUAUAGUUAAAUGGGUAGAUGAAUAUUUUAAGAUGCACAAUUAGCAUUAUCUACCUAAAGAUCUGGAAAUUUUUCGAACAAGCCACUCCAUUCUAAAGGAAUCUACGUAUAGUUUCCCAAACCUGUAGCACUUGCACCUAAUAUAAAACUAAGUAGUUUUACUCUUUCAGCUAAUCUGGCUUGGAAGGUAAUUUUUUUCAUUUCUUACUCAAACCUUUACUUUCCAACAUGAAUAUUACCUUACAAAGAUGAAUCGAAGAGUAUUUUGGUGUCGCCUCUACAACCUCUUUCCCACCAUCUCUUGUAGUUUCUUAAUCAACAUUAAGAUCGCUUGAUGGUCUGGAAGACAGUUUCCUUGCUAAUGCAAGCUCAAAUCUUGUGUCGGUUAUUACUAGGAACUGCUUAGCCUGAAUUUAAGCCGCCCUUUUGCUCUCAAGUAUUUCUCACCCAACAUUCUGGGUAUUGCCUGUUUUGCGUUUUGUCCAAAACUAAGACUGAACCAUGCUGUAUAAAAAUUUAAUUGUUUUUUGUUAAUUAAUUUGUAGCAAGUGCCUUUGUUUAAUUUGACUCAUAUUUUGAUGGCCCUGGCUGAUUUCACUUCAGUUUUAAGGAUGAGUUAGAAUCAUCUCACCAUAAGUUUUGGAAACACCUAUUCACAAUUGUAUUGUAAUGUAACUCUCCUCUUUAGGGGAAUAACAUGAUCGAUGGAGCAAAAGGUUUGAUAUUAAUUUUAGCAUAAAUUGUCAACAGUGGUCUUCAUACAGUCCAUUCUUAAUAUUGGGAGGUAAUUUGUUUUCUUUGUUUGGCUUGGGCUUAAGAACGUUUUAUUUGUGGGUAUGAUUCUUCAAAAUUCUGAGGAAAAGUUCGAAACUCUCCCUUGUGCAAAGUCCUUUUGUAGAAGAACCAUGAUGAAAAAAUUAUUUAAUGUCUGUUAAAAGAAUGAUCCAUAUACAAGGAGAUGAAUAAGGUCUUCUUUUGACAUUAAGUGAUGGGCAAGCAGCAUUCAGCAUGCCCUGGUAUAUUCUUUUUAUCUGGAAGAAUCCAUAGUUUCUCUUUUUCAGUCAAAAUUUCAGUUCUCUGGGUUUGGGAUGUCUUUAUAGAUCCUUUGUCAGACCAAGUUCUAAGUUAGGUGUGGCUUAAUUGGUUCUGUUCUUAUUCGUUUGUGCAGCACCAAAAAAUUGAAUAAAAAAUGGGAGUAGCCUAGAAGCUAGGUUCCUUAGCCCAAUGAGUGACUUCCUGAAUUAGCCCUUGAUUCCCGAGGCUGGGGCUCUGCUUUACAAUUUAGCUUGUGGGUAAGUUUUCCAGUAGCUAGCAUCAACAGGUUAACUUGUACUGAAUGAAGUUUGAGCCUCCCUAUACUAGUUGGUUGUUGGGGAUAAAUCCUGGAUACUUUUGUUUAUUUUUUUGGAAAUUGAGUAACUUUUAAGACCCAUUCCAAGUGAGAUUUGCUACGCCAUAUGAGGAACGUUAUAAUCUUUUUUUUUUACCUUUCAGAGGCACCGCUUAUAUAUCUCUCUCCAGUAGGAAAAUAUUUCAUUGAAGGAUCCCCUGUCACCGUAACCUGUACAGCUUCUGGGAAACCACCGCCGGAUGUAGCAUGGAUUAGAAAUGGAGUACUGGAAAGUUCAGGGAAGAAAGCUGCGUCCUUAAAGUUCCAUAAUAUAAACAGAAAAGAUGCAGGACAAUAUACAUGUCGAGCCAAUAACUCAGUGGAAGUCACUUCCAUUGACACAAAGAUUGUAGUUUACUGU